UAUUUAGUAUAAGUAAUUAUAAAAAGUAUAUUCUUAAAUCUGGAAAUUAAACAUUGAAGAAGAAGUCUCUCUAGAAGUUUUUCUGCGGAAUUGUAUCCCGAUACAUUUGAGUACUCACUGACAGAGAUUUAAAGUCAGAAUUUAUCACGAUGUUUCGAAAGUUUGAAGAGAAAGAGAAUGUGUCGUCAACAAGUCAACUGAAAAGUUCAGUUCAACGUCAGAUUCGAGCUGAUAUCAUCAGACAGAUGCCGUUACUAGAGGAAUAUAUGCAGGACAUCUGGCCGAAGAAAGAAAAUGCAAAAAUAAUGAAAUGCCACGAACAUAUUGAGAUAUUGACAGUUCAAGAUAAAUGUCUGUUCUUCAAGCAAAGAGAUGGACCAUGGUUUCCAGUACUGAGAUUAUUACAUAAAUAUCCAUUUAUUCUGCCACAUCAGCAAGUAGACAGAGGAGCCAUAAAGUUUGUUCUCAGUGGAGCCAAUAUAAUGUGUCCUGGUCUCACAUCUCCUGGUGCAAAACUAUCUCCAGGAAUUGAAGCAGAAUCUGUGGUUGCAGUAAUGGCAGAAGGAAAGGAACAUCCUCUUGCCAUCGGUUUAAUGAAGAUGUCGACAGAGGAUAUAAUCAAGAUCAACAAGAAUAUAGGAGUCGAGAAUAUUCAUUACUUGAACGACGGACUUUGGCAUUUGAAGAGUGGAGCAUGAAGCAUUCUCUCCAAUGGGAACACUGCUUAGAAUAUUGGGAAUGGGAACACUA